UCCAGAAACACUCCCUAGAACCAUGUUUAUUUAUGACUUUCACAUGUCACUGUAUGAAAACUAAUAUGUAUUGUCAUGUUCAUUAAAACAUGUCUGAAGAGUAGAUAUGCUCAUCUUUUAUUCAUGUUUUGAUAUUUUUAUGACCCCAGCAAUGGAUCCCGUUCACCCUCUAGAACAACUGCGUGGUAAUAGUGAUCAUGACGGCAUUGAUGUCACCUCCUGGGUGUCAGUGUGUCCCAGAGGCCUCUGGAAGGUCCAGCAAAAGUGGACACGCAAAGGGAGUCAACAGACUGUUUCUAAUAGUGCAGAUGAUGCAUCACGGUCAUCCAGUUACUGUCCAAGGAUGGGCUCACUGUGUCGUGUCCGAGUGAGGCUGAAGGCUGACGUGGAUGAAGCAGAGAGUUCAGUAUCUGAAAAAGGAGACGAGAAGCUGUCAGAUCAACCUGACCAGUUAGUUACUGACCUUACAGAAGCAGUGGCCGCAGCCUUUCCUAGGUGUCAUGACUCUGUGCUGCAGGUCCCGCUGGGUGAUUGGACUACACUGAGGCUGGGGGAGGGUCAGUGCGAUAUCACAGAAGCAUGUGUGGAAGGGAUGAGAGCUGGAGAAAAAUGUGAGAUUCUACUUUCUCCUGUGGGAAAUGGACCAGAUGUCUCAAUUAACCAGCCUGCAGAGGAAAAACUGCCUUUAUGCGCCACCAUUGAACUCCAAGUGUUCACACCAGGCAGGGAAUCCUGGGAGAUGUCUCCUGCUGAAAAAUGGGAGUGGGUGAAGUCACACAAAGAGAGGGGUGGAGUGAGAUUCAGGAGUGGGGAUGUGUGGGGGGCUGCAGACAGCUACAGCCGGGCCCUUAAACUCCUCAUCACGCUCCAUGGUCGUGUCAGAGAGGCAGAGAAUAAAGGACAAGAAGCAGAGGAACAAAAAGACACAAACACCAGUGAUGAAACACAGCACCUUCCUUCAGCUAAUGAAUUCAAAACCAUCAAAGCAGAGCUCCACUCAAACCUGUCCUUGUGCCAGCUCAAACUGAACCAACCAGAGCAGGCAAAGGCCAGCGCUGCCAAGGCCACACAGCUGGAACCCGCUGGGGCUAAAGCUUGGUACCGGCUGGGCCAGGCCUGCCAGAUGUUGAAUGAGCUGGAGGAAGCCAGGCAGGCAUUUAGGGAAUUGCUGAAGCUCCAGCCAGAAUCAGCCUCUGCUUUGAAGGCACUUAAACACAUAGCAAGUAGAGAGAAAGAGACAAACGCACAGUUGGGACUGAGACUUAGCAAAAUGUUUAGCUAGGACUAAAUGUUAUGUGUCAAGUAUCAAAUAUUAUCAAUAAAACUGUAUGCUCAUUUUCA